AUGUCGAUUAGUUCUGAAAUCACGAAUUUGGACGAGUUGCGGGAUCCCUCGGGCAUCUUCGCUUUGAUCGAGGUGGUCGGAAAGGGUACCUAUGGCAACGUCUACAAAGGACGACACAUGCGAACCGGGCAGCUGGCUGCUAUCAAGGUCAUGCCAAUCACGGAAGAGGAUGAAGUGGAAAUUCUCCUUGAAAUUAACACUCUUCGUAGGCUCUCAAAUCAUCGAAACAUCGCCACGUACUACGGGGCCUUCAUUAAAAAGGCAACGCCGAAUGAUCACUUAUGGCUUGUUAUGGAAUACUGCGGUGCCGGUUCGGUGACAGACCUCGUCAAAAGUGAGUUUGGCCAUUUUUACGCAGUGCGUCACUCCGCGUUGUCAUUGUCCACGUCUCAUGAACAUCGGCUGGCUGCUCCUGUGGGUUGUCCGAUUUCGGCGGCCGCCUUCACGCACCUGCGCGCCCAGUGUACCCGUGGCCAGUCGUUGAAGGAGGACUGGAUCGCGUACAUCUGCCGCGAGAUUCUUCGGGUACGUUCCAGUCUAUCUAAAACUUUGCGGUCACUCGAUUCAGUGUGUUCCGUUACCCUUGGAUACACUCAUCAAUCUGCUGCUCUCCUUGCAGUCUCAAGUGUCCCCUUGAGGCACCCAGUUCCUGCAAACUUGGUCCGUCUGUUCCAGAGUUCUUUCACACUUGUCCUGCGUCACAAUUCUGGCCUUCUUAUUGGUCGGAACUCCACCGAACAGGAUCUUGUAAUUCACCCGAUCAACAGUGUCGCGCGCUCGGCGCUGACCUGCCAAUCUAUGGUGCAUCGCAUGUGCACAAACAAUGGUGCCAGGCCAACGCCCCUUCCCCGCGUCCGUGUUCCUCGCCUGUGCCCUCCUGUCGGCCACCGCGUCGCCCGCUCGUCCGUCCGCCAUCGAUUGGCGGCGGCGGCGGCGGCGGAGGCGUCAUCAGCUGUUUCACGCGUCAUCCGCGCGCGCGUGUGUGUCCACAUGCACCACACCACCGCGCUUGGGGCUUAUUCAUAUGCGCCCAUGGCUGGCGGCCGCGCGCAGACAGUGGGUGACAGCACCGUGGCGGGUGUCGCUCCGUUGUGCUCUCUCAUUAACGCUUACCCCAUGAUACUGUGGACCACCAAAAUCUCUCCAAUUAUUGACUUAUCGGCCGGAGGAAGAGGUGGUGGUCGGGCUACAGGUCUCUCCCACCUCCACGCCAACCGCGUAAUCCACAGGGACAUCAAGGGUCAAAACGUCCUUCUGACCGACAACGCCGACGUCAAACUGGUGGACUUUGGUGUGAGCGCGCAACUGGACCGAACAAUCGGCAAGCGAAACACCUUCAUCGGAACACCUUAUUGGAUGGCUCCGGAGGUGAUAAACUGCGAGCAGGACGCCAACUGCACGUACGACGCGCGCUCCGACAUCUGGUCGCUGGGCAUCACGGCCCUGGAGAUGGCCGAGGGUCGUCCGCCGCUCUGCGAGAUGCACCCCAUGCGCGCCCUCUUCCUCAUCAUGCGGAACCAGCCACCGCGUCUGAAGACGGGCAUCGGGGCGCGCCAGUGGUCGCCACGCUUCCACGACUUCAUCUUCAAGAGCCUCGCCAAGGACUUCCGCAAACGACCCACCACCACCGACCUCCUGAAGCACGAAUUCGUCGCCAAUUUGCCCAAUGAGCGUCAGGUCAGAAUCCACCUGAAGGACUACAUCGAUCGGCACAAACGAACGCGGCGAAGUGAGUUGCGUGGUCUGGUUUUCGUUACGCCUGUGCGCUCGCUUCUAGCGGGGCUUUACGGUGCACAAACUGGCCAAAGAGCAGUUGACGAGAAAGACAAGGUUUACGAGUACGAGGGUAGCGACGCGGAGGAGGAAGAGGAGGCGGUGGUGGCGGGGGCGGGUGACGUAGACUCGGCGCCGCCACCUCCCAACCCCAAAGACGACGCUCGCGGCUUCCCUCAGCCCCCACCCUACAGCCAACAGCAGCAGCAGCAGCACAAAGGCCUGCUCCAGCACCAACAGCCUCCACGCGGCCAACGGCCCGUUGCCAUGGCUCCGCGUGGGCACCAGCCCUCCUACCUGGCCGCGCACCACCGUAGCGCCGCACCGCCGCCGCAGCAGCACAUGAUGCAGUUGAGGUCAGGCAUGUACAGGCCUGCGCCCGCCGUGCAACUCCAACAGCGCAACUCACAGGUCUUCAACAACGGUGACGGUGCAUCCCGCCACUCGGUGAUCGAGGCCCCCGGCGAGCCAAGCACGGCCGUGGCCGCGGAGGAGCACACGCUGCGGCAGAAAUUCGCCCGGUUCCAGGAACGCGAGCGUCAUCCCGGUUCAGGGGCUGUUCACCAGGCUAACGUGCCUCCGCAGAACCACCACUACCCCCAGCAACAGCAGCACGCCUCCUUCCAGCAGCAGCAACAACAACAACCCUUCUCUCGGGGUCCGAAGCUCGGCGUGACGGCCACCACCGCCAAUGCCAAACCCGGUGAGGAGAAGGCAGACGAUUUGCCCCACCACUUCCCCAUGCAGCAGCAGCAGCACCGAUCAGCGAAACAAUUCUUCGUUGGAAACGGCGGAGGCGGCGGUGGCGUUGGCUCGAAGCAGUCCCACGCAGUCGAUGUGCCAUCUUCUCGACAUCAGAACAUUGUGACGCCCAAAUUCCCCCCAGCCAGAGCCUCCGACGCGACGAGGCAGCAGCAGCACUCGCGGGCUCCCCAUGCCCACUCCUCGUCUCCCCUCGCCAAACAGCCGCAGCCCGCCGUCUCCCUCCAUCAGCACCAGCACCACCUCCCGCCGCCUGCCUACUUGUCGCGCAAUAGCAGCGCAGGCAGCAACAAUGGCACGCCCACGCGUCAACCACCGGUUGUACGAUCCCAACCCACACUCUCUGAGGAUGCUCCUCCGACUCCCAUCUCCACGCCGAGUGUGAGCCAGCAUCGAUUUGUGCGUCAACCCAUCCUGGGACUGUCGCGCAACGGCCGCGCAACCCCCCCACCUGCCCAGCCGAAACAACCACUACCACCACCACCCGUCUCCUCCAACGCUCAAGCGAGCAGCGGCAAACCCGAGACGCCUAGCAGCCUCCUGCCCCAGCCCAUGGGCCUCCUAAACCUCCUCAGACAGGCCCGUCUUAACCCCACGGCGAACGGUCUCAUUGGCUUAAGACAGAGCCAAAAAAUGCUCCGUGUUCGCACCACCCCCAUCGCCCCUGCUACCGCCACCACCGCUACCACCGCGGCAACCACCUGCACUGGUUGGUUCGGUUCUUCGGCCAAGUCCGAAGAGGCGAAAGAAGGAAGGGAGGAGGAGGAGGAGAGGAGGGUAAGAAGUCACUCUCCCACCUCCUCCUCCGCUUCCGAAGGUGACGUAGCCAUGGCUGACGAUCGUAGGAGCGAGUCCGCGUACAUUUUGCGCCCACCGCCUGGCCUGCGACCCAAACGCCGAUUGGCGAAGCCGCGGCCGGACGAAAUCAUCCUGGUGGACGAUGAGCCAGAUCCGGCCGCCGCCACCAGCCCCGUCGUCCAAUCUCACGUCUCCGAGGUGCUGAGGCUCCAAGCCUGGGACGUAUCGUCCAUGGCUAGAAUUAUCAUCAGUCACUAUCACUUGCACGUUAGAUUCUGUUCCCUCAUUACCCUAAGCGCGAAACUGGGGAUGUACUCCGGUCAGCCCGCAGCCGCUGAUUCAGUUAGCGAAACAAUUCUGCUCCUCCAACCGAUUCCACCACCUCCCCUCUCUCCUGAACUUGAUCGUCUGGCGGCGCAGCUAACCGAUAUGGGAGCAAAGACUCCUCUGCCCGCGAAGGCUAGCAACGGCAAAACCGCGGCUGCCGUCUCUCCCUCCCCCUCGCCUCCCUCCUCUCCUUCAUCGACCUCCUCCUCCUCCUCUCCCCACGGUUCUAUCUCCGACGACUCUCCAGAGCGUCGUCGUGGAGGCGCCUUCCGUGGCGAUGACGACAAUCGACGACAAACGGUCGUCGAAAAGACUCCAGAGGACGACGCCGAUGCUGAAGCUGCGGUGGUUGCCGAAGACGAUGAUGACGUCCAGCCGAAGGACCCCGACGCCGAAGACGAGGAUGCUGACGACGACGACGGUGAAGUCGAGGUGGUGGAGGAGGAGGGUGAACAGGGUGCAUUGGACGAGGAAGAGACAGAGCAUGUGAGAUCCACCUUGUCGAUUCUGCGACCCAAGAGGUCGGAGGAUGAAGCUAGCGACGCACCGAAAUCUGAGAAUUGCACUGGGGAAAAACUUUUACGUCGAGCUGAGGCUCCCCCGGUCCCCCACCGGGACGAGUCGGCCUCACCACCCCCCCUGCCACCCAGGUGUGUGCCCCCCCUUACCUCCACUCCGGGACCGCUUGCUUGCUUCCCACUCCUCACGACCUGUGUCAACGGUCUCCAGUUGCAAUUGGUUAGUUGUUAUCCCCCGGAACUACUCAUGGACGUGGCUCCACGACGUGAACGCCCCGUUGAGGCGAGGAAGAGCGACUCUAGGCGUUACUCCGCCCCUCCCGGCUACCUGGUGCCCAUGUUACCCUCUGACGAGUUCACGAAGGAGACGCUUAGCAGCCUCAAUUCGAUCCUCGAGUCCUCCGCGGCACCCUCCAACCAAUCACCUUCGCGGAACCACGCGGCUGCGUCGGAGGGCGUGGAGACGAUCCACCGACGUCCACACCCCGACCCUCUUCAGCAUCAGCUCCCCCAACAGCCCCAACGCCCCAGCAGCAUGGUCUACACCGGGGGCGGCGGUGGCGGAGGCAAGAUGUGGUCCAAUGCUGAAGACACUCCGGUGACCAACUUUGGCGCGGUGGCUCCCAGCCAACAGGCAGCUGUCGCUGUUCCGCAACAUCAUCGUCUCUCACAGGACGACUCGAGUCGCGGCGCCUUGGUGGCAUCUCGUCGCGUCGUCGUGCCCCAAUCGCCCUCCUUCUCCUCCGGGCUUCACCUCCCCUCCUCCGUGUCCGCAGCCACCGCCGACGCUUCCAACGCGGCGGCCCCCCCACCCACGGCGACGCCGUCCAGUAGACCUGCUGAACCCCAUCGGGUGGAGUCGGGCAAGGGGCCGUCACAGCUUCUGCCGACCACCGUGGAGGUGGCUGCGUCGCCGCUGCCAAACCAGCAACACGAAGACACCCCCGAGGUGCACGUCUACAAGAAGCGCUUCAGCUCGGAGAUCCUCUGUGCUGCCAUGUGGGGCGUAAACCUGCUCAUCGGUCUAGACACCGGCCUCUCCCUCCUCGAUAGGUCUGGCGAGGGAAAAGGUAAAUCGUCCUGCUACGUCAAGCAUCUCACCCAAUCAGGUCCAAUUUGGCUGCAAAUAGCUGAGAACUCAUCCGUCUAUCACGUUGUCACUGGCGACUCGGUUCCCAUGGCUUUUAAGCGCUGCUUCUCGCGUCAUAAACUAGUCCAGCUAUUCCUGGUGUGCUUGUCUAAUGCCGACAUCGCGCUAAGUAUAGCUUGUCAAAAGAACAACGCUAUGAAAUUGAUUUGGCGAGUUAAACAGGCAGCGAUGUCGAAGCAGUUCUAUUCCCUCAUCAGUCGACGUAGAUUCUCCCAAAUGGCUGUGUUGGAGGGCCAGAACAUCCUGGUGACGAUUUCCGGCCGCAAGAACCGCCUCCGGGUCUACUACCUCUCGUGGCUCAAGAGCAAAAUCAUGAAAUCCGAAGGGUGCGACAAAAAGAAUGGAUGGGUGAAUGUGGGUGAAAACCUUCAUGGUGCGGUGACCUUCAAAAUCGUAAAACACGAGAACAUCAAGUUUCUGGUGAUUGCCCUACGCGACUCAGUAGAGAUCUACGCGUGGGCUCCCCGUCCCUACCACAAGUUCAUGGCGUUCAAGCAUUUCUCAUCCCUGCACUUCCGACCGCUUCUCGUGGACCUGACCGUGGAGGAGAACCAACGCCUCAAGGUCAUCUACGGCUCAGAAGCCGGCUUCCACGCCAUCGACCUCGACACCAACACCGUCUUCGAUCUCUACCUGUGCCCCAAGCCCAACCGCGCAACCAUCACCCCUCAUUGUAUAGUUGUGCUGCCAAACACCGACGGACUGCAGCUGCUGCUUUGCUACGACACCGAGGGCGUCUACGUGGACACGAGCGGGAAGAUGACAAAGAACGUGGUGAUCCAGUGGGGCGAGAGCCCGACGUCCGUGGCGUACAUCCCGUCGUCCGGCCAGCUCCUGGGCUGGGGCCACCGCGCGAUCGAGGUGCGCUCGGCCGAGACCGGCCACCUGGACGGCGUCUUCAUGCACAAACGCGAGCAGCGCUUCAAGUUCCUGUGCGAGCGCAACGACAAGGUGUUCUUCUCAAACACGCGCUCCGGCUCGUCCCAGGUCUCCAUGAUGACGUUGAGUGGUAUCCACUGGUGA